AUGAUAUAUUAUGGUAGUAUGUACUAUUCUAUUCGAUAUUCAUUCUUAUCAGUUCAUCGUCUUUCAUUACGAUUAGAUAUACCUAUAAGAGAAGUUAUAACUAUAUCAAAUAUUUGUCCAUUGAAAUGUAUACAUGGACAAUGUCGAUAUUUUUUAAAUUCCGAUAAAUAUUUUUGUCAAUGGUUGGAUGGCUAUUCUGGAAUGUUAUGUAAAGUUAAUAAUACUUGUGAUUGUUCAUCAGAUUCGAUCUGUAUCGGAGUUGUUAAAAAUCGAUCGAUAUGUAUUUGUCCUCAUAAAAAAUUUGGCCAACGUUGUUAUUUAAAAAGUGCAGUGUGCAUUCUGAAUCCUUGUUUGAAUAGAGGUCGAUGUAUUGUUGGCGAUAAAAAAUUUUCUGAAACUGAAUAUUAUUGUCUUUGUCCAGAAGGUUUCAUGGAUUCUAUAUGUAAAAAAAAACAGAGUAGAAUCGAACUUAUUUUUGCAGAAACAAUAUCUAUUUCACAAUCAAGUCUUAUUCAUUUAUUCUAUAUUUCAUCCAUACCUCGUCCAUCUACGCAAUUAUAUCUUGCUAAUCCAACACGAGCAACUCUGAUAUCAAAAAUUAAAUAUUACGAACAUUCUACUUUUACUUAUUAUAGAGGAAUAUUUCAUCUGAUAUUUGUCGAAUUCAAUGAACAUCGUUAUCUUGCUUUCCUUCAGCAGAAUUCCACGCCAGCGACGAAAAUUUCAGUAACAAUUAUUCCCGAACAUCACUGUAUAUCAAUUCCAGAAUUAUUCGAUGAUCAUAUUCAAGCUUUACUACGAUGGCAUCGAGCCAAAUAUUAUCAUGUUCCAGACAUUGAUCGACAUGCAAAUUGUUUCAAAUUCGAUUAUAAAUCAGUUUACAAUUAUUUAGGAUCGAAUUAUUGUGAAAAUGAUGGUCAAUUGUAUCAAGAUAAUGAUACUUGUCCAACAUUGUCAUCAUGUUUUUGCAAAAAAUGUUAUUAUGGUAGUCGAUGUCAAAUUACAACGAAAGGAUUCGGUCUAUCACUCAACGAUAUUCUUGGUUAUAGUAUUUAG